AUGCGCCUCAUCAACUGUACAACACUACAGCUGGAAGAGUUCUUCGGCGCCAAUAUCCCGGACUAUGCUAUUCUUUCGCAUACCUGGGGCGAUGAAGAGGUGUCGUUCGCCGAUUUUACCUCGGGUCAGCCUCUGGUCGGAUCUGGUUACCAGAAGAUCAUUUUCACUUGCCAGCAGGCGAUCAAAGAUAAAAUCGGCUACGCGUGGGUAGACACCUGCUGUAUCGACAAAAGCUCUAGCGCGGAGCUUUCUGAGGCAAUAAACUCUAUGUUCGCCUGGUACCAGAAGUCAGUCCGCUGUUACGCGUAUCUUUUUGAUGUAUCGGAAGCCAACGUGGACCAAGAAUUCCCCAAGAGUAGAUGGUUCACACGUGGAUGGACACUCCAGGAGAUGUUAGCCCCAACAACGGUUAUCCUCUACGAUCAACAGUGGGUUGAGUUGGGCUAUCUGGAAGAGUACGCCGAGGAGAUAUCGAAAAUCACAGGGAUAGAUGGGGCAGCUUUGUGGAGGAAAGUCUCGUGGAGGGACCCGAGCCUUGGACUUGAGAACAAAUUCGGUUCCUAUUGCGUCGCGACACGGAUGUCAUGGGCUUCCAAGAGGCAGACGACACGUCCGGAGGACAUGGCCUACUGCCUCCUCGGGAUCUUCAACAUCAACAUGCCGCUUCUGUAUGGAGAAGGUGACCGGGCAUUUCGUCGCCUCCAGGAGGAGAUUAUCCGGAAGAGCGAUGAUGAUUCCAUCCUUGCCUGGGCUCUAUCGCCAGAGGACAAGCAUACUAGUCUUCUAGGGCUUCUACACAACGAUGAUAUGCAAGAUCUUUGCGAUGUACCUGACGUCGACUUUUUGGCUCGCUCACCAGAAGACUUCAAAGACUGUGCCGGCUUGACCCGCGCUACAGAACCAUUGACUCUGUUCACGUUGACCAACACGGGCUUACAAAUCCAAUUACCAAUUGUGCAGGUCUUUGAACGUCGCCGAGUCCCGGGUAACGCGCUGGCCAGAGUUGACGUCCCCAACCGCUACGUGGGUAACAGGGCAUGCAACGACGAGUAUGACUGUCACAUGAUGGAAACUCCAGUCCGUGUAUGGAUCGGGCUACUCGGGUGCUCGCGAGUGUCAAGCCAGAACUUUCUAGGUAUUCUGCUCUCCCCGAGUGGAGACGAGAAGAAGCCCAACGUAAGAGUGGUUCGUCAAAGGUAUCUUUAUGGCACUGUUCUUGUUGGUCCAAGAGUCGCUUUCGGUUCAGUUAGUAAAACAGUGACAAUCGCUGGACUCAACGGUUUCCAAGAGGCGCGAUACGCCGACUCCUUCGGCGACUAUCAGCGGAUUAUCGUCAACGAAUGUGAAGCCAUCCGCAAAUUUGGGUAUCAAGUCCAGGGCUGUAGUGCAUGGGAUAUUGGUAUGCAAGGAGAAUCACCACUGGCUUACCGUCCACUUUGGGAUCCAAAAGCCAAGAUUCUUACCAUAAGAGAAGAUGAUCCGUAUCACAAUAUGUACGAAUUCAGCUUCGAAAGAUCGUCGGGUGGUCAAAAUCACAAGUUCACUGUCUUUGUAACUCAGACCGGUAUGGGCGCAGUAAGGGAAGGAGAUGUCUUUUCAGAAGAUGAAAGGUUCGCUUUAUACGAUCUCCUCAGGGACAACGACGAUCCACUUGAUUACGAGAAUCCAGUCCAUGACAAGGGCGAAGUUUUGGUACAUGACGACAAACAACGCCGGUUCCACGUUAGAGUUGAGGUUCACUUCAAGGUUAUUGGCCAUCAUGAGCUGACCAGGGUUAACGUUUAUGCUUUGAGAGACGGCUUUGUGGAUACGGAUCAUCGUUGGGAUUGUAACUGUGAGAAGCAUGUAUAUCCGCAUUGA